AUGGUCGGUCACGGUAUGACGGGGAUGCUCGGCGAGGAUGGCAUCCAUGUUGAUAUGAACCACUUGAAGAGCGGAGAAGUAAACCUAGGAACAUCGAUCAUGGCGAUCAACUUCAAGGAUGGUGUUAUAUUGGGUGCAGACAGUCGGACGACAACCGGAGCUUACAUCGCCAACCGAGUCACCGACAAGUUGACGCAGGUCCAUGACACAAUCUGGUGCUGUCGAUCAGGUUCCGCCGCGGACACCCAGGCUGUGGCAGACAUCGUGUCCUACCACCUCAACAUGUACGCAAUCACCAACAACGAGGCGCCGAGUACUCAGGUCGCCGCAUCGCUGUUCCAAGAGCUAUGUUACGAGAACAAGGACAUGCUAAGUGCCGGUAUUAUCAUUGCCGGAUACGAUCCGAAGCACGGAGGUCAGGUGUAUUCGAUACCCUUGGGCGGGUCUCUUCACAAGCAACCGUACUCCAUUGGCGGAUCCGGAUCGACCUAUAUCUAUGGUUACUGUGAUACUCACUGGAGGGAGAACAUGACAGAGGAGGAAGGCAUCAACUUCGUCCGCGGAGCACUGCAAGAAGCGAUCAAGUGGGAUGGCAGUUCGGGUGGUGUCAUCCGACUGGUGGUGCUGACGUCUCGGGGCGCCCAGCGACACCUCUACCUGCCGGACACGGGCUACACUGGACCGGGCGUUACCAAUUAA